AUGCCUUCCCGCAGAACGGCAACCCAAGCUCCCACCGGCACUGGUCAGGGCAGUUCCGAGCCAGAUGUUGCUCCCAAACGCAGUCGACGUCCACCUACCGCCGGUCAUGAUGACCCUUUGUCUGGCACUCAAAACGCAAACCUUCAUACACCAUUGAUCUCUUCGCCAAUAGCAAAGACACCGAAACAAAAGCACUGGAAGAUUGUUCAUCGACGAUGCUUGCAGGGUUUUAAGGACGCUGAUAGAGAGCGGGACGAGCUCUUAGGAUCCAUACAACGACUCGAAGCCGACAACGCCCAAGCCACGGCAAAGAUUCGUCAGCUGAGUGACACCAAUGACCAGAAUCUGGGCAAGUUUCAAACACUUGAGGUUCAAAUAUCCAGUCUGAAACAGCAACUCGAAUUUGCACAGGCUUGUUGCACCACCGGCGAUAAUCUGCUGCCCAUACUACUGGAGGUCAGCGGCAAUUUCCGUUCUGCGCAGAGCCAGCUCGACAAGAAGAUAGAGGCAGAAAAAAACAAGUUUGCAUUUGCUGGCUUAUCUGCUUCUGAUGUGCUAUGGCCGGCCCAUAACGGGCAGAUGGGUUCGUUUGGUACCAACUCGCUCCCAAACUAUCCAAUACCGAAUACGCUUUCGUCGACCAAUCAACAAGCGCCGGUCCAAUCCAACCAGCAACCUCUCCAGGCAGCCAGCCAUUAUAUACCGCAACUUUGA